CUAUUGAAAGCUUUGAGCAUUAAUUUUGAAAAGACGAUAAUACCCCUGAUCGGAGGCCGACGCGACUUGACAAACAAGACAAACAUCGGUGUCCCACGUUGUUUCACGUAAUCUCUGUCUCUCUCUCACACACCGUCGGAAAACCGCUUUUGGUUUCGAUCGUGCAAGUGCGUGGCGAUUUCGUCGGGAUGAGUAACAGCGAGCUUCUCUCCAUCGAGCCUCUAGAUCUUCAAUUUCCUUUUGAAUUGAGGAAGCAGAUCUGUUGCUCUCUGUACUUGACCAACAAGACUGACAAUUAUGUGGCCUUCAAGGUUAAGACAACGAAUCCGAAAAAAUACUGUGUUAGGCCUAACAAUGGAGUCGUUCUUCCGAGGUCCACUUGUGAAGUUCAAGUGACGAUGCAAGCGCAAAAGGAAGCUCCGGCAGAUAUGCAGUGCAAGGACAAGUUCUUGCUUCAAUGUGUAGUGGCAAGUCCCGGAACCACGCCAAAGGAUGUUACUCCAGAAAUGUUUAGCAGAGAGGCGGGGCAUCGGGUUGAGGAGACUAAGUUGAGAGUCGUUUAUGGCCCUCCACCUCGACCACCGUCACCUGUCCGAGAAGGUUCUGAAGAAGGCUCUUCUCCAAGGGCUUCGGUUUCAGAUAACGGGAAUGCCUCUGAAUUCACCGUACCGAGAUCUAGCAUCGAUAGGGUUGAGUCUCAAGAAAACUCGUCUGAGGCUAGGGCUCUCAUCGCUAAGCUGACCGAGGAAAAGAAUUCCGCCGUUCAGCUGAACAACAGGCUUCAACAAGAACUGGAACUCAUGAGGCGUGGAAGCGAAAGAAGACGCGGUGGCAUCUCGGUCAUGUACGUUCUUCUGGUUGGACUGAUCGGUAUAAUAUUGGGAUAUCUUUUGAAGAGGACAUGAGUUUUGACAGUUGAAGCCCUCACGCCUCAAGUCUGAAAUGCUAAAAGACGAAGCUUUAUCUUCUUACCGCAACGUACUGCCAUGUGUGAGACUCAGGGACUCAACCCGUUUUCUUUUUCAUCUUUAACUCUUUAUCGAUUUUGGACGCCGACUGUUACGAUCCGUUGAAUUAGGACAGACAUUAUUACACUCCAUUUUUGUAUGAUUUGAAUUUGUAAUUGUGAAUUCUAGCAAA